AUGAACCGCUUCCUCCUGUCCAACUCCAACAGCGCCGCCGUUCAAGCUAGACAUCCCCUUGACGAGUCGCCCGCCAUGACCAAACACACCCCGGACUCUCUCCGCUCCCGCGUCUCCUCGCUCUCCCUCCGGCUCCAGGCAAUGGAAGCCGCCGAAGCACUCUCGCGCUCCCAGUCCCCCGCGCCCUCCAUGCUCGCCUCCACCACGCUGCCGUCCUCCGGCUCCAACACUGCCCCGGCCUCCAAGCCCUUCCUUCUUGCCGACAUGAACGGCCGGUCGCCCGCCGAGAACCCCGUUUGCGACUCAUGCUGGAACGCUCUUCGCUACAGUGAAGUUAGGCAGACCACCCGUGCCGCCCACCCGUCCGCCUGCAAGCUCUGCGCCGUUGCUGCUGGCAAGCCCGAGGCAUACACCAAGCCGUUUGUCGAUUUCCUCUCCGAGAACCCUACAAUCUUCCACGCCGUCUCCUACUUCAAGGACAAGCUCGCCGCCGCCGGCUUCACCGAGCUCCCCGCGCGUGAGAGCUGGGCCGAUAAGCUCCAGCCCGGCGGCAAAUACUGGACCACCCGCAACGGCUCCGCCCUCAUCGCCUUCACCGUUGGCGAGGCCUACAAGCCCGGCAACGGCGUCGCCAUGGUCGCCGGCCACAUCGACGCCCUGACGGCCAAGCUCAAGCCAGUCAGCUCCAAGCCCACGCGCGCCGGCUACCUCCAGCUCGGCGUCGCACCCUACGCCGGCGCCCUCAACCAGACCUGGUGGGACCGCGACCUGUCCAUCGGUGGUCGUGUCAUUGUCCGCGACGAGUCUUCCCACAAGACCACCACCAAGCUUGUCCGCCUUGACUGGCCCAUUGCCCGUAUCCCCACGCUUGCGCCCCACUUUGGCGUCGGCAUGAUGGGCCAGAACAACCCCGAGACCCAGGCCGUGCCCAUCAUCGGCCUCGAGUCCCCUUCCGACUCCUCCACCCCCGUCGAGCCCCUCGGCCCCAAGGGCGCCUUCGUCAACACUCAGCCCCCGAAGCUUGUGAAGCUGAUCUCCAAGGAGCUCGGCCUCGCGUCCCCGACCCAGAUCCUCAACUGGGAGCUCGAGCUCUACGACUCCCAGCCCGCGCAGACGGGCGGCCUUGACCGCGAGUUCAUCUUUGGCGGUCGCAUCGACGACAAGCUGUGUUCCUGGGCCGCCCUCACCGGCCUCCUCGCCGCCGAGUCCGACCCCAACGACGGCAUCAUCAAGCUCGUCGCCCUCUUCGACGACGAGGAGAUCGGCUCCCUCCUCCGCCAGGGCGCGCGCGGCAACUUCCUCCCCCUGACCAUUGAGCGGGCCGUCGAGUCCCUCAGCACCGUCGCCGACGUCCCUUUCGGCACCGACGUCCUCUGCCGCACCUUUGCUUCCUCCUUCCUGCUCUCUGCAGACGUCACCCACGCCGGCAACCCCAACUUCCUGGGAUACUACCUCGAAGAGCACGUGCCGCGCCUCAACGUCGGCAUCGCCAUCUGCGGCGACAGCAACGGCCACAUGACCACGGAUGCCGUCUCUACCGCAAUCCUCCAGCGCGUCGGCGAGCUCAGCGGCGCCCCGACGCAGACGUUCCAGAUCCGCAACGACACGCGCAGCGGAGGCACCGUCGGCCCCAUGCUGAGCGCCGCCAUGGGCGUCAGGGCGGCCGAUGCCGGUCUGCCGCAGUUGAGCAUGCACUCGAUCCGCGCGACGACGGGCGCGCUGGACCCCGGCCUGGGCGUCAAGUUCUUCAAGGGCUUCUUGGACCACUGGGAGAAGGUGGAUGCCGAGUGGCAGUGA